AUGACGAAGGGCAGAAGAGGGCAACUGUCUAGACCAAGUGGUUCAUAUAAAGUAAUGACUUCUAAUAGAAAAUUUUGCCCUCUUUUUUCGCGCUUGGUGACUGAAUUCUUUGCGUUUUUUUCGAAAAUAUUCGUAAUGUGA